UCGUGGUUUAGCGUGUCCGCUUUAGUGUUAUCUUAUUUCGUGUUGCGGUAAUGUACAAAUAGUAACAAGGUUCAAGUCAAAUUAAAAUAGAAGAAUACCUACAACAGAUUGAGGAUGCCUCUAUUUGGCAAAGCUCAGAAAACUCCUGCCGAGGUGGUGAAGGCUCUGCGCGAUGCCAUUCUUGCUCUCGACAAGGGUGACAAAAAGGCAGACAAGGCCUCAGAAGAAGUAGCCAAGCAGCUGAAGAUCGUGAAAGAGAUGCUCAUAGGAACUGGUGAUUCCGAGCCACAGAUGGAGCAAGUGGUCGCUCAGCUCGCCCAGGAGAUGUACAUGUCUCACCUGCUGCUGUUGCUAAUACAGAACCUGAGUAAGAUCGACUUUGAGCCGAAGAAGGAUGUAGUUCAGAUAUUCAACAACACCCUGCGGAGACAGAUCGGCACCCGGUCGCCUACCGUCGACUACAUCUGCACACACAGAGAAAUCCUGUUCACUCUAGUUGGCGGCUAUGAGUCUCAGGAGAUUGCGCUACCGUGUGGACACAUGCUGCGUGAGUGCGCGAGAUUCGAACCUCUGGCCAAGAUCAUCCUGUUCUCUGACGAAUUCUACAACUACUUCAAAUACGUUGAGGUGUCGACCUUCGACAUCGCCUCUGACGCCUUCUCCACGUUCAAGGAGUUGUUGACAAAUCACAAGAUCAUGUGUGCGGAGUACCUAGAGUUGAACUACGAGAACUUCUUCAGAGCUUACCAAGGUCUACUGGACUCUGAAAACUACGUUACCAGGCGACAGUCGCUGAAGCUUCUAGGAGAGCUACUGUUAGAUAGGCAAUAACUUCACGAUCAUGCAAGAAGAUACAUC